UGAUCUUUAUUAUUUUAAAGCAGACAUGAUCGACUGAGUACAAUUUAAUCAAAGAUUUUCUGUUAUUGUCGACGUAAUGACGCCACUUCCUCUUCCUGCCCAGGGAGGAGGCGCGGUAAACACAAGUGAAAUGGUACAUUAGAAAUGCCAGCUGCGCUUCUAGACCAACUUUACAAGAUGUAACAUAACCUGUCACAUUGAACUCUUGUCAUGUGUGGUGUCAAACGAGUGAACUAAUCUGUUCAACUAAUCAGUUUGGCGCUUGUGGUCAUGUGCCGCUAGUUGAGGUGUGUGUUUGUGUGCAUGUGUUGUGAGUGACAAGAGUCAGGAUGCAUCGGAGUAUCUCCAGUCUGCCUCUGGCUCCAGCGAUCAAAGUCAAACUCGCCACCGCCGGUUUCGACACUUGCGCAGACCUGUCGGACCUGCGACCACUGCAGCUGAGUAAAGAGGCGUGUAUCUCCCAGCAGGAGGCGCUCGAGGUGCUGCAGUCGAUUCGCUCUGAUGCAGACAGAGGAGGGGGUAAGGCGGCGAGGGGCGGGGUGACUGCGUUGCAGCUGCUGCAGACUGAGCGUGCUCGGGGUGAUAUUAUCACCGGAUGCUCCGCCCUCGACGCUGCUCUGGGGGGUGGAGUUCCGCUCGGGAAAACCACAGAGAUCUGCGGAGCGCCGGGAGUCGGGAAAACACAACUGUGUAUGCAGCUGGCGGUGUGUGUGCGUCUGCCGGAGUGUGUGGGUGGCCGGGGGGCAGAGGUGCUCUACAUCGACACAGAGGGAAGCUUCCUGGUACAGAGAGCAGCCGAGAUGGCACACGCAGCCAUACAGAAACACACACACCACACAGAUGUGAAGGGUGUGACAGUGGAGAGCAUCCUGUCUCAGCUGUGGCUGCUGCGUUGUCACGACUACACAGAGCUGCUGGCACACACACACCUGCUAAAUGACUUCCUCAACACACACCCUCAGGUCCAGUUGCUGGUGAUUGACAGCAUUGCGUUUCCUUUCCGUCAUUUCGAAGACUACUCUCAGAGGACCCGCCUACUGAACGGACUAGCACAGAGGCUAACGCAGCUAGCCACGCAGUACAGCGUAGCGGUUGUUUUGACCAAUCAGAUGACCACUAAGGUGUGGAGCGGCCAAUCAAAACUAGUCCCUGCCCUGGGUGAGAGUUGGGGUCAUGCAGCAACCCAGAGACUCAUUUUGCACUGGGAGGGAACACAGAGGUUGGCAUCUAUUUAUAAGUCACCCAGUCAGAUGGAAGCCACUGUAGCCUACUGCAUUACUGAGGCGGGGUUUCAAGAUGUCGUCCCUCUUCCUGGUCCGGCCCCCUCAGGACAGCAGACCAGUUCUGACCAAUCACAGCAAAGCAAGCGGCCACGCAUGGAGGCCCGCCCACCUUGACCAAACCUGACCAAUGGCUGAGUCUACUGUUCACCUCGACCCAUAGACCCUCCUGAUUGGUCCCCACUAGGAAGUAGGAAGAGCUUAUGUUGCUAUGGUGAUGGACAUUAAUACACAAUCAUAUUUAUAUAAACAAACAUGAUACACAACAGCAAAUAUUAACAAUCACAAUUGUAAACAACAGGAAUUCAUAAACAUCCGUAACCAUCAACACAAACAUAACUACUCAGUAAUAAACAACAGUUGUUCAUUAAAUCAAACAAUCCAAUAGUAAUAGUAGGCAUAAUAAAACAGUAUGUUGUGUCACUGUCAGGUAUGUGUUUGUAUAAAUGUUGUCAGAUGUGUGUGUGCAUGUCUGCGCGUUUAAAAGUUGUCAGGUUUGUUUGUGUGUGUAUGUGUGUGUGUGUGUGUGUGUGUGUGUGUGUGUGUGUGUGUGUGUGU